GCACCCCGCAUCCACAAGCACUUCCUCUUCACAUAGAAUUUGAUGUCCAGCCGAAGAUUGUCAAACGAUCUGCAUCAUUAAGCGUUGCAUGAACUGUGAGUACAGAUUCAUCAGAAUUUAGGACAUUUUAGAUGAAUGAAUCUGUACUACCAGAAUUUGUCUUCAAAGCAUUUGAAUCCCAUUCUAUAUCAAAUGAACACAAUUGACCGGUACUUCAUGAUCAUUUCAGUGGUUUAGAAUACCCACUGAUCCCACACAUAAACACGUUCCAGAAUGUUUGCCUGACAUACAAAUUAUGCAUUAUGCAACAAGCUGUUCAAAGGCACAUAGAUGAAUUUGAAGGUGUAAUGCACACCAUAUGUUUUCUGAUGGUCAUGGCAUUGUUUGGGAAAUAUUUACUGUGAUUCAGAAGUGACGAUAGUACUGUGUAAGGUCGUUUGCUGAAGCUGCAGCUAUGAAGGUCGAUCUGCCAACUAGUUCGGCUCUUCAGCUGGGAUCAAAGAUACAAAACAGGGGAGCAGUGCUGGGUGUAGUGUACAGAUCCGGUUUCCUCGUGCUCCUCAUGUUCGUGGGGUACAAAAUGGCCGUUGCAUGCAGCCGAAACGUGUUUCUGCAAGACUACAUAGCAAGUCUGCAACCAGGCUUGGUGCAGGUCGUUGUUCCGUUGAACUCCUCCACCGACUCAUCACUGGAAUCAGCAAAAACCAGGACAGGAGAGCAGCCGACGAAGUUUGACACUUGGCCACUGCUCUUCCCAACCUUCCCAAACGAGAGUGUGAGCAUACUGCAACAAAUAACUGAAAAUAAUACUGAGCCGUGUUACAGGCAAAGAACUUAUACUGCUCAAGUGUUUGGACUGCCGAAGCCAGUGGACGGUGAACCCAUCCAACUCCAAACUGGAAAAAUUCACGAGCUUCUGAUAGUGUCCUAUGAAGAAAGUGGCCGGAGAAGGUGCGCGGGAGGAGACUUUUUUGAGACUGAUCUGUCAAGCGACAAUUGGAAGGCGCGUCCUACAAUCCUCGACAACCGUGAUGGCUCCUAUGCCGUAAAAUUCAUGGUGGAUUCACGCUUUGCAGGCCUGUUCGUUUUCAAGGUGAUGCUAUUGUUUGCUAAUUUUCAUGCCUUGGACGCGUCCAACUGCACUGAGUGGUCACGCCUGGAGGACAUCCUCACUGUGGAAAUUGAGUUUGUUGCGCCAGAUCCACAACAAGAAAGUUUGCCGGAUUUGAGGAGGUGUACAGACGAUGACUUCAGCUUGAAGGCAUGGAGUGGUAGGUGGAAUCGUCAUACUUGGAACCAGACGUGCGAGAUUCGUGACGACGGGAGGUUCAUCUGCAUUGACCUCGACGAAGAAUGUGAAGCUCCGUGGUGCGAAGGCAAGGUAGGGCUGUUGGAGAGCAAUGGUUGGGUAUACUCCGCCCACUGCAAGUUCAAGAUCUUCACAAGAGAUGAAGCCUGGGACUGCCUCAACGGACGCUGGCUGUUCUUUUGGGGGGAUUCCAACCAUGAGGACAGUGUUCGCAAUCUGCUCAACUUGGUGCUAGGGUUUCCUCUCACGGACGUCAACCACAUGCGACGGUGGUUCAAUGGCACUUUCUAUCAUCCCAAGAAGGCAAAUCACUCGCUCACAAUCACGAAGAUUUUCAAUGGCCACGGUGAGGAGUUAGGCAACCUCCUGGGCCUCUCCAGCCUCCGGAACGAACGGUACCGAGACCUACUUGUCUCUUUCUUCAACGGAACGCACACGCCGGACACCAUGGUAAUGAACUCUGGCCUCCACGACGCGCAUUUCUACCAGACGGCCAGUGAGUUCGCGGAAGAGGGCGUCGACUACGCCAUCGACUUCUGGAACGGACUUUGGCGACAUGCACGCCCCGCAAUCGUGUACAGAACUACGGUAACAAGCGCUGGAUAUGCGAAGGGCGAAUCUGGUCACGCCCGAGACGGCCUGCCAAAUCCUCACAAGAUGGAGAUUUACAACCGCAUCUUUGUGGAGAAAAUGCAGGAGUUGAAUUACGUUCCGAGCCUGAAAGUGGUGGACGCGUUCGAUUUGACAUUCCCCUGGCACUACGACUUGAAUCACACAGAUGGAGUCCAUUAUGGCCGAGAGCCUUCGAAAACCCCAUGGCCAUGGCGCCCUCACCAUGAGUAUCGAAAAGUCACUCAAGUGGGUCAUCAAUAUUUCGUCGACCUCAUGCUCGUCCACAUUCUCCUCAAUGCCAUUUGUCCUGUCUAAUCCCAGGACGCCAAGGAGCACUUCUCUGCUCUAAGCAUCUGUGCUUCUGCAAAGGUGCACUGAUUGUGAGACUUCACACAAAAUGAUUAAUAUACCCAGUUCGCAAACUCCCUUUCACUUAGUUCGCAAACUACAAUUGCUCUCUUAUGUCUGUAGAGCGUGUCCAGCAUUGUCCGCCUCACCGGAACUUUUAGUUUGGCGGAACUGGAAUGGAUUCGAUGCAAUCUCAUCAAGUACUAGCUCACUCACUGGUUACAGAACCGACUCACGAGAUUUCUUACGCAUUGUAGAAUGUACACUAGGAACUUGAACUUGCAUAAAUCAUCACCAAAUAUAUGUUUUUUAUGUUUUGUGCAAAA